AUGCGAUUCUCCUUGAUUUCCACUGUCUUCCUGAUUGGAACCGCUUUUGCUCAAGCCAAGCUCCCUAGCAAAGCGCCAUGCAAGCAAGAUGGAAGUCUGGGAGUUUGUGAAUCAGGAUUGUGUGUGCAAACACCUGGUGACGCUCAAGGAUCGUGCGAGUGAGCGCAUUCCCAGAAAUCGGGCAAAGAGAAUGACAUGGCAUAUGACCGGACUGCAAUAAAAAACAUUGUCUAACCAUUCAGCUGGCCAAGAACUCGC